GAGACAGGCGAGCAGAUCGCCAUCAAGCAGUGCCGGCAGGAGCUGAGCCCACGGAACCGAGAGCGCUGGUGUCUUGAGAUCCAGAUCAUGAGAAGGUUGGUUUAUUCAUUUGAGAGCCAGCAUUACAGAGAGAGAGAGAUCUUCCAUCUGCUGGUUCACUCCCUCAGUGGCUGCAGUGGCCAGGGCUGGACCAAGCCAAAGCCAGGAGUCAGGAGCUUCAUCUGGGUCUCCCACGUGGGUGCAGGGGCCUAAACACUCGGACCAUCUGCUGCUGCUUUUCCCAGGCCAUUAAUAGGAGCUGGAUCAGGAGUGGAGCAGCUGGGAUGUGAAUUGGCACCCAUACGGGAUGCCGGUGUCACACGUGGUAGCUUUACCCACUGUGUCAGAACGCUGUCCCCAGUGACUGCACUACUCACGAUGGUGGGAAGAGUAGCAGUUAAAGUCUACACGGGGUCUUUUGGUCGGUUUUGUUUAUGAUCCUUUGGCAGAAGAUCCUUGUUUUUCAGGGAGGGGUGCAGCUCCCCAGUGCUAUGGCACUGCUGUUGGUAUUUACUCCCCAGGGUGCAGGCAGGGUGUGUCGAUCCACUUGAUGGGUGCUGUCCUGGCUAGUGAAGCGUUUGGGCGGACCCCUGAGAGCCAGCCUAGAAGACGUCAAUCAGGUGCUCACUCUGCCAAGCUUGCCGACCAGGCGCCCUGGCCUGCGUGCCCACGUUUGGAAGUGCUCCCUGCUCUGUCUCCAAAGCAGGCUCAGUUAUGCCUGCACUCAGGUCUUGACCUCGUGCUGCUGCAAGUGGAGCUAGCCGGGCAGACUCUGGGAUACACUGUGCGUUUCUGGACAGGCGUCUCCUCUGUUGAUUGCUGAGGGCUCUCGUAAGGCUGAACCACCCUAACGUGGUGGCCGCCCGGGAUGUCCCCGAGGGGAUGCAGAACUUGGCGCCCAACGACCUGCCGCUGCUGGCCAUGGAGUACUGCCAAGGAGGAGACCUCCGCAAGUACCUGAACCAGUUUGAGAACUGCUGCGGCCUGCGGGAAGGAGCCAUCCUCACCUUGCUGAGCGACAUUGCCUCUGCGCUUAGAUACCUCCAUGAGAACAGAAUCAUCCACCGAGAUCUGAAGCCGGAGAACAUUGUUCUGCAGCAAGGAGAGCAAAGAUUAAUACACAAAAUCAUUGACCUGGGAUACGCCAAGGAACUGGAUCAGGGCAGCCUUUGUACCUCCUUUGUGGGGACCCUGCAGUACCUGGCCCCGGAACUGCUGGAGCAGCAGAAGUACACGGUGACCGUGGACUACUGGAGCUUCGGCACCUUGGCCUUCGAGUGCAUCACCGGCUUCAGACCCUUCCUUCCCAACUGGCAGCCUGUGCAGUGGCACUCGAAAGUCCGGCAGAAGAGUGAGAUGGACAUUGUCGUUAGUGAAGACUUGAACGGUGCAGUGAAGUUUUCCAGCUCUUUACCCUACCCCAACAAUCUUAACAGCAUACUAGCCCAGCGCCUGGAAAAGUGGCUGCAGCUGAUGCUGAUGUGGCAUCCCCGGCAGAGGGGCACGGAUCCCACGUACGGGCCCAACGGCUGCUUCAAGGCCCUGGACGACAUCUUAAACCUAAAGCUGGUUCACAUCCUGAACAUGGUCACGGGCACCGUUCACAGCUACCCAGUGUCAGAGGACGAGAGCCUGCAGAGCUUAAAGGCCAGAAUCCAGAGCGACACGGGCAUCUCCGAACAGGACCAGGAGCUCCUGCAGGAGGCAGGUCUGGCCUUGAUCCCCGACAAGCCCGCCACGCAGUGCAUUUCUGACGGCAAGCUAAAUGAAGGCCGCACCCUGGACAUGGAUCUUGUUUUUCUCUUUGACAACAGCAAAGUCGCCUAUGAGACUCAGAUCUCCCCGCGGCCCCAGCCUGAGAGCGUCAGCUGUAUCCUUCAGGAGCCCAAGAGGAAUCUCCCUUUCUUCCAGCUGAGGAAGGUGUGGGGCCAGGUCUGGCACAGCAUCCAGACCCUGAAGGAGGACUGCAACCGGCUGCAGCAGGGCCAGCGAGCUGCCAUGAUGAACCUCCUCCGUAAUAACAGCUGCCUCUCCAAGAUGAAGAAUUCCAUGGCUUCCAUAUCCCAGCAGCUCAAGGCCAAGUUGGACUUCUUUAAAACCAGCAUCCAGAUCGACCUGGAGAAGUACAGCGAGCAAACCGAGUUCGGGAUCACAUCAGAUAAGCUGCUGCUGGCCUGGAGGGAAAUGGAACAGGCCGUGGAGCUGUGUGGGCGGGAGGACGAAGUGAAGCAUCUUGUGGAGCGGAUGAUGGCCCUGCAGACCGACAUCGUGGACCUGCAGAGGAGCCCCAUGGGCCGGAAGCAGGGGGGCACGCUGGACGACUUAGAGGAGCAAGCCAGGGAGCUUUACAGGCGGCUGCGAGAAAAACCACGAGACCAGCGCACGGACGGCGACAGCCAGGAGAUGGUGCGGCUGCUGCUGCAGGCCAUCCAAGGCUUUGAGAAGAAAGUGCGGGUGAUUUACACGCAGCUCAGCAAGACCGUGGUCUGCAAGCAGAAGGCGCUGGAGCUGCUGCCCAAGGUGGAGGAGGUGGUGAGCUUGAUGAACGAGGACGAGAAGACCGUGGUUCGGCUGCAGGAGAAGCGGCAGAAGGAGCUGUGGAACCUCCUGAAGAUUGCCUGUAGCAAGGUCCGCGGUCCUGUCAGCGGAAGUCCGGACAGCAUGAACGCGUCUCGGCUCAGCCACCCUGGUCAGCUCAUGUCUCAGCCUUCCCCUGCCUCCGACAGCCUGCCUGAGCCGGUCAAGAAGAGUGAAGACCUGGUGGCUGAAGCGCAUUCUCUCUGCACCCAGCUGGAAAGCGCAAUGCAGGACACCGUGAAGGAGCAGGACCAGAGUUUCAUGACUCUUGACUGGAGCUGGUUACAGCCGGAGGAGGAGGAACAGAGCAGGCCGGAGCAGGCGGUGUGACCCACGUGGCGGCGGCUCUCCUGCAGCGGCUCCUGCCGUGCCGUGCCGUGCCGAGGGCCCAUUCAGGGCUGUCCCCUUCCCAGCCGCCGGGGCGCUUGCCUGCACCAAAGGCGUGGCCCUCAGCAAGCAGUGCCGGCCCGUCGUCUGCACACUGGAAGCCCUCAUCCCAGAGGCCUGGCCAGCGCUGAGGCCUGUCUCGAGCACCCAGGGAAGCGAAGCCACAGCAGCUGCUUCCUCCACCAUGAAGAAGGUGCUCAAGGUACAGUGUGCCCGGCACACCACAGGCGGUGCCUGCACGGGAACCUUUCGGAACAGUCUGGGCGGCACCUGGUGCGGGCCUGUCCCCUCCUGACCCCCACUCCGCCCCCGGCUCCAGAGGCCCGAGCCGCCUGUGCUCCAUCACCUCACAGCUAGUGUCUCAUCUGGAUUCGGCUUCUCUUAAACAGACUUUUAACCAUGGAUUUGGCCUGGCCGCAUCCCCCCUUCCUGUUGUUCACUGCUGCUAACAUUGUAUUUUUACUACUAGUCUGGUGGUCGUCCUCUUUUUCAGCAAGGCUGUAGUGACUGGUGAGCGCCACCCACGCUGCCUUGCCCCACCACUGGCCAGAGUGACUCACUGGGGCCAGGAUGGAACAGUGCCUGCCUUUCUUGAGUUCCAAAGAUUACCUGGGAGUGAUUUGUCAUGGAGGAGAAAAGGAGUAAGAGGUGUCUGUCAACUACUGUCCCGUGCCCACUGUGCCCACCUCUCCCUCCAUCCAUGCACAAACACAGCUGGGUGUGAUGGUGGUGGCACGGGAGUGCCCUGCCUCUCACAACAUCUAGCAGUAUUAUUAAAUGGAUUUAUUUUUUGAA